CAGAGCAACCCUAUCUCUUCCCCACUCCGCUCCUCGCUCACCCUCUCACCAAAUCCUUCUCCUCCGCGCCGCCACAGCCGGGCGCGCCUCUCGAUCGAGAUCCAGGAGAUAUGCCUCGUUAUGAUGAUCGCCAUGGGAAUACACGCUUGUAUGUUGGAAGAUUGGCCCCUCGCACCCGUUCCCGCGACCUAGAAUAUCUUUUCAGCAAAUAUGGAAGAAUACGUGAAGUGGAGUUGAAGCGUGACUAUGCAUUCAUUGAAUUCAGUGACCCCCGUGAUGCUGAUGAUGCGCAGUACAACCUAGAUGGCAGGGAAGUCGAUGGAAGCCGUAUUAUUGUUGAAUUUGCUAAAGGAGUUCCUCGUGGUUCUGGUGGUUCACGUGAGUACAUGGGAAGAGGACCUCCACCAGGAACAGGUCGUUGUUUUAACUGUGGAAUGGAUGGUCACUGGGCAAGGGACUGCAAGGCUGGUGACUGGAAGAACAAAUGCUACCGCUGUGGUGAAUCGGGCCAUAUAGAGAGAAAUUGCCAGAACAGUCCAAGGAAUCUCAGGCGUGAUAAAAGCUAUUCACGGUCUCCAUCCCCACGUGGUGGACGUGGCCGCAGCCGGAGCUACAGCAGAAGCCGGAGCUAUAGCCGAUCCAGAUCCCCAUCUGGAUCUCCCAGGGGUGGACGCCGUGAACGUGACGAGAGGAGAUCUAGGAGUCUUAGCUACAGCAGGAGCGCAAGCCCCAGGCGUUCUGUCUCACCUGCAAAGGAAAAGGAGCGCAGUCGCACACCCAAUGGCAGUAGGAGCCCAAGGAGCCCCAGCCCAAGGGCUGAGGUGAGCCCACCACUGAAGGAUAAUGGUGCACGCAAUGGCUCAGACCAUGAAGGCAACCCUGGUGGUGGAGAGAACAGCAAGAGGAGUCGGAGCCCAUCUGAUGGCUACCGUAGCCCUGUGGCCAAUGGGCGCAGCCCGAGCCCGAGGGACGAUCGGAGCCCAAGCCCCAAGGGCAACAACGAAGAUGACGAGCGCCGUGGUUCACCUAGAGGAAGUCAGUCCCCCCUGAACUGAGAAAUUCUGAUCAAAUUUGGGCCGCACGAUUCGGUUGUAACUGUUAUAUUUUAGUUUGAGACAACAAACUGUAUUUGCUCAUUUCUCAUACAGUCAGGUUUAUGCUUUUUGAGCUAGAAAACAUGUGUAAGAAUUUGUUACCUUCAAGCUAUUCCUGGUUUGUGAUAUGGUAAUACUUGAACU